AAAAACAUUAGUCGACGUGGCUGGUAGCAACAAAGAAAUGUGGAUCGACCUUAACCUCCCAUUGGUCCGAAAUCUAUCCACGACAUCUCCCCAAGAUUUCUCACUAGAUUUCAUUAUUCCACAUGGCUGCUUCCAAUUAAAAUCCUCCAUAUUAUCUUCCUACCCGUAAAGCUGACUUUUCAGUUGCCAUCUUCAAACAGAAUUCAUCUACCACUUAGCUAGAGAGGAAAUAUGGCCGCAACAUACGUUGCUGUUCUAAAUGGGUUGGUGGGAUCCUCUUUCCUCUGUGGAGGCAAUAGCAGCAAUAGAGUACUUUUGGGGAUUCCCACAGUCGCCAGGCCUGCCGUUGGGAGAAGGAGACCGGUGGUUGUGGCUGCUGCUGCUAAACCCAAAAAAUCUUGGAUUCCUGGCGUUAGAGGUGGUGGCAACUUCAUUGACCCUGAAUGGCUUGAUGGCUCUCUUCCUGGAGACUACGGAUUCGACCCACUAGGCCUAGGCAAGGAUCCGGCUUUCCUAAAAUGGUACAGAGAAGCAGAGCUGAUCCACGGGCGGUGGGCCAUGACAGCGGUGAUCGGUAUCUUUGUUGGACAAGCCUGGAGCGGGGUGCCCUGGUUUGAGGCAGGGGCUGAUCCUGGUGCAAUAGCUCCAUUCUCCUUCGGUUCACUCCUGGGGACCCAGCUGCUCCUGAUGGGAUGGGUGGAGAGCAAGCGGUGGGUUGACUUUUUCAACCCGCAGUCUCAGUCGGUGGAAUGGGCCACCCCUUGGUCCAAGACAGCAGAGAACUUCGCCAACGCCACCGGUGAUCAGGGAUAUCCCGGAGGCAAAUUCUUCGAUCCCUUGUGCCUCGGAGGUACCAUAAAGGAUGGCGUCUAUGUUCCCGAUUAUGAGAAGCUAGAGAGGCUCAAGCUUGCUGAGAUCAAACAUGCAAGAAUUGCCAUGUUGGCUAUGUUAGUUUUCUACUUCGAGGCUGGCCAAGGGAAGACUCCACUCGGGGCUCUUGGGUUGUAAAGAAAAAGAGGCUUUCGAGUGUACAUGUAAUUUGGGUUUUAAGGGAGGAGAGUUUCACGAGGAAAAACUGCAUGUAUUGUGGUUUUGUUGAGAUGUUUGAUUGAGUUCCCCUCGGUGGUUCAAAUUGAUUCUCUCAUGAUGGUGUCUGCCGAGACAGUGCUUGAACAUUGGUUAAUUUACUAGUAAUUUUUCUGUUGACAAUAAAUUUUAUAAUUGGAG